CAAAUAGACCCCUUAUUUGCAGUCUGCAGAUUUCAUAGAGAAAUAAUUAUGUACAUUUUAGAUCCCAAAAAGUUCAAGAUCUUAGAUUCAGUUUUUACCAUCUUUCAGUCAUCAUUUCUGUAGUAUCUGAGAGAAAAGCCACCAUGCAUCAGGGGAGAGUUUAUUGGUUUCUAGGGAUCUAUAUUUGUGAUAAGGUUUUGGGGAAAGUCAAGUUUGAUUUGUGUGAAAAGCCUAUUAUGUGCCAGUAUUAUGCAUCACAAAUACACACUAUUACACAAUAGAUGACCUUUUACCGUCCUUAAAAGACUUUUCUUAACUUGAUCAGAUGGUGAAAUUCCUAUUCAUGCAGAGACUGCAAGAGGACAGGCUGUUCCAUAUAUGGGUAACGUGCAUCUUGUGCCAAGUGAAAGGUCGCCCAAAUGCCACAUGCACACAACAUACAAAGCUCAUUGCCUUUCGGAGCAAAUAGGCAAGUAAAGAGGCCGUGCUUGUAUUCUAAAUCACUAUAAGUAUGUUAGAGUAAGGGGACAGUGUUGGGAGGCUGAAGAGCAGUUGUAUCUCUUGUCACUACAUUACUGUACUGAUAUCCCAAGCAAGAUGCAAGAAAAACCUGUGUUACUUAACCAAGGGGAGGAUAGUGAAAUGGAGUUGUUUGGAUACAAAACUGUCAGAUGGAGACACACUCUGUGUAUAAUUGGCUAUAUCUUUUCUCUUGGGUUUCUUCAAGCACUUUUUUACUGGAAACCAGAGCUGGACGUCUGGUGUCAGUGUAUUCCAUGCAGUUUGUCACAGGCUGAUGUUAUAUUACGUAGAAGCACUGAUGAACAUAAGCAAUACUACAAAAAGGAGGUCAAAGAGAUAUGCCCUUGUAUCCCAGGUUCAGAAUCAACCCUUCAGAUUAUUACUGGUGUAAACUCCAUUAUUAGUAAAUCAUUAAUGAAGCAAGGAAAGAUUCGGUAUAUAGAAGUACAAAAGAUCCGUUAUGUUUGGAACACGGUGGAGGGGCAGUUUCAGAAAACUGGCAUUCUGGAAGAGGAGCUCUCAUGCACAGACAUACAUUCAAAAUUUGGUUCCGGUCUAACCCAAGAAGAACAAGAACUCAGGCAACAAGUCUGUGGUCUUAACAAAAUUGAAGUGGAAAUUAAGCCCAUCUGGGUUUUACUCUUUACAGAUAUCUUCAAUCCAUUUUAUGUCUUCCAAGCCUACACUUUAACUGUGUGGGCAUUAAGUGGAUAUUUUUAUAAUGGGGGAAUCAUUCUAUCUAUUACUUUUUUAUCCAUUUGCGCAACGUUGUACAGUCUUAGAAAGGAAUCGGGGAAGCUACAAAAAAUGGCCCAAUCGUACAAUAGCACUAUGGUUAAUGUUCUUCAAAAAAAUGGAGAGGUUAAAGAAGUAGAGUCUCAAUCUUUGGUCCCAGGGGAUGUGAUAUUAUUAACAGGAAGCAAGCUCUUCUUACCCUGUGAUGCCAUAUUAAUCAGUGGAGUUUGUACCAAUAACGAGGGAAUGUUGACAGGGGAAAGUAUUCCAGUCACAAAGAAUGCAUUGCCUCACACAGAGGGCACCAUGCCAUGGAAAAUCCAGUGUGGAGAGGACUAUAAGAGACACAUUCUGUUUUGUGGAACAGAGGUCGUUCAGACAAAGGCACAGGGUCAGGACCUAGUAAAAGCUGUUGUACUACAAACAGGAUUUAACACAGCCAAAGGAGAUCUUAUAAGAGCCAUUCUGUAUAACAAACCUGUGAAUAUUAAACUGCACAGAGAGGCCAUUCAAUUCAUUUAUGUCCUUGUGGGAAUUGCUUUGUGUGGUGUUAUAUACACAUCCAUUGUCUACACAAUAAAUGGGGAGAGUGUAAGGGAGACAGUGCUGAGGUCCCUUCAUCUUCUAACACAGGCUGUGAAUGCUGCUUUGCCUGCUUCUCUGACAAUUAAUCUUCUAUAUGCCCAGAAAAGGCUGAAGAAGCUGGGGAUUUUCUGUAUCAGCCCCCAGAGAAUCAAUAUUGCUGGGAAACUGAACCUUGUCUGCUUUGAUAAAACAGGUACUUUGACAGAAGAUUCCUUAGAUUUAUGUGGUGUCGUUCCUUCUGAUGGACACAGCUUUCAGAAAAUGCAUUGCUUCCCCUCUGGAGAAACAUUACCAUGGGGACCUCUGCUGGGAGCUAUGGCAAGCUGCCACUCUCUCAUUACGCUGAAUGGGGAAUUACAAGGAGACCCACUGGACAUGAAGAUGUUUGAAGGAACCAGCUGGGAACUUGAAAACCAUUCAGAACAUGGAACAGAAGAAUCUAUUUCAUGUACAAUGGUAAAACCUGGACCCAGAGCUGGGAAGGUGCCAGUGGAAGGCAUUGCCAUUUUGCAUCAGUUUCCCUUUUCCUCUGCUCUUCAGCGCAUGUCAGUUAUUACGCAGGUUACUGGAGAGAGCAACCUCAUGGUGUUUAUGAAGGGGGCUCCUGAGAUGGUUAUUAGGUUCUGCAAGCCAGAAACAGUGCCACUCAAUGUUUCAAAGAAACUUGAAUUCUACACAGGGCAAGGUUUCCGAGUUAUAGGACUGGGAUAUCGAUUAUUAGAAAAGGAAAAGCUACAAACCAUUCAGCAUGUGGAACGUGAAGAAGUGGAGACAGACCUCAUUUUUCUAGGUUUACUGAUACUGGAAAAUAGCCUGAAACCAGAAACCACUGGGGUGCUUCAGGAACUCACUAACGCCAAGAUAAGAAGUGUCAUGAGCACAGGGGAUAAUCUGCAAACAGCUGUUAAUAUUGGUGUAAAUUGUGGCAUGAUUCCAAAAUCCAGCAAAAUUAUCAUAAUAGAAGCAAAAGAACCCCAAAAAGAUUCUCCUGCAGAGAUCACUUGGAAAACUAUGAUUGGAACUCUUGAAAAUGGACACAAAGAAAGUGGUUCUCAUUUCGACAUCAGUGAUGAAGGGGAUCAUUACACUUUUUCAACAGAAACGUUUCACUUUGCAACAGAUGGGAAGUCCUUUCAGAUUUUAUUGCAGCAUUUCUACAACCUAGUGCCAAAAAUACUUCAGAAUGGGACCGUUUUUGCGAGAAUGACUCCACGGCAAAAAUCCAUUCUUAUUGAAGAAUUUCAAAAACUAGAUUACUGCGUUGGAAUGUGUGGGGAUGGAGCCAAUGACUGUGGGGCACUGAAAAUGGCAAGUGUGGGAAUCUCUGUAUCUCAAUUAGAGGCGUCUGUUGCUUCACCUUUCACUUCAAACAUCCCAAAUAUUUCAUGUGUACCUUUGCUUAUCAAGGAAGGACGAAACUCUCUUGUUACUUCUUUCUAUAUGUUUAAAUUCUUGACAAUGAUUACCCUGGUUGAAAUGACUUCAUUAGUAAUUUUGUUUUGGAAACAAAAGAUGGUCAGUGAAUCGCAUUAUCUCCUGCAAGAUUUUGCUCUCACCAUUCCUAUUAGUUUUAUAGGAAGUUUAAAUGGUCCUGCGCCAAAAUUAGCUCCAUACAGACCCUCCGGACGUAUCAUGUCACCUUCUUUGUUGCUCUCAGUUUUUUUGCACUCUUUAUUUACCAUCAUCCUUCAGACCACUGCCUUUGUUCUUCUUCAGCAACAGCCGUGGUAUAAUGAAACCGAUAUUUCCAGUGCAUGUCUUCCAUUAAAUCAGAGCACAGAAAAUAUCACCAUGAGAGUGCCUGAUAAGACAGUGAACUAUAUAACAACUAUGGAGUGGAUUGUUACUUCAAUGAACAUCGUUAUACUAGAAUUUGUCUUAUGCAAAGGAAGGCCGUUCAGACAAUACCUUUAUACUAACUACAUGCUCACCCUUGUAAUAACCAUCCACGUGGCAGUCUAUAUAUUUUUGCUGUUUGCCAAUAUUGAAUCAAUAUACUUAUUUUUUGAGGCUGUUUGCACUCCCUAUUACUGGCGAGUUUACAUCUUUUUUAUGCUCCUUAUACACUUUGUUAUAUCCUAUACUGUGGAGGAAGGAAUCCUUGAAAACAGAAAACUUUGGAUAUUAAUAAAGAGGCUUUGCAACUACGAAUCAAAAAGCCAGUACAAGAAAUUGCAGAGCAGCUUAGAGAUGGACACAGAAUGGCCUCCGCACAACAGAACGGAUUAUGCGAGCAAGUCUGUUUCUGUCACGGACAGCAAAACCAUUGUUUUUACGGAUGCGCCUUCCUUACCAGCCAUUAACUCAGGGAAGCAUGGAACACCAUGUAGACACAAUGUCAUUUAAUACAUAGUAAUACCAAAUGUAUUCAUUCUGAACUGAAAAGGGCCCUUCUCAGAUGGUGUGGUGGUCAUGAUUAUGAUACACUAUGUUGAAGAGCUGGGUUAUGUGUCCCUGCAAGUUUCUACAGGAGAGCCUGUACCUGGUUUCAGGCAGGAUACUCUGACACUAUUUCUUUGGGGCCCUUCAUUGCUUGCGCUUUCUUGUCUAGCAUGAUUUGAUUUUAAAUGUAUUUUUAAAAUAUAUAUAAAAAAUAACACAGAUUAUGCAGUACUAAUUGGCCCUGAUUAUUUUAUAUCAACAAGGACAUUAACAUCUAUUUCCUUGGCUGCCAAGACAUGUAUUACAGAAUUUUCAACAGAUUAUAUGUUAAUAUGUGCCUUAUAUAAAUACUUAUCUAACGCUUUGCUAGUGCCAUACGUUUUCAGAUUUUUCAUGGAGUAUUUACUAGAAUUUUUAUUGGAACAUAACAAUAUCAGUAAUAUUCUGCUUACUAGUGUUUAGUUUGAAUAUAAUGCUACAGGCUUUAUUUGUUGGUAAUCACUUAGCUGACUAAUUAGCUAAAAACUAUGUAGCUUUAACAUGAUAUCAAGGAAGGUCUUGACUUUUGAUGUGUUUCAUUAGCUUGAGCAGCAUAUUUUGGUUCAGGCUUAAACUGUUAGUAAACUACAGUAUGAAUUGAUGUUUCCAUUUAUUCCACAGUAUAUGUUUUGCUCUGGAUGUAGGUCCCCCUGGAAGCUACCAUGAGGGAGAAAAGUAAACUGCAUAAGAUAGAAUUCCCAAGGGGCCUUGUUGAGGGCGGUGAACUUAGGAUACCUUCAUGAAAUUUGCAGAAACAGAGUCAAAGCCAACAAGCUGAAUAGUCAGACACAGUCAUGGGAGAGGCUGGGAGAACAUACAAAAAAGGAGAAUAUGAGUAAAACAGAAGCAAAUGGAGGAAGUGAAAGCAGUAGAACACUGGGAAGGAAGUGAAAAUUGUACACAGCAAGGGGGCAAACAUGUAAGUAUGUAACAAAGGGUGAGAUGUGACAAUGUGAUAGAAAAACAACAAUAAAAACCCUCUUUUCUAUAGGCUCAACAAACAGGCCACCUUUGGAAGUAGUCUAUUCAUAAAACUAAUUGCCAUGGUUCAUUUGAGUAUGCAAAUAUUUGCAGCUUAAAUUGUGGCCUCAUGUCAUCCAUUGAGGUAUUACACCAAUAAAAGACAAAUAUUUUAAUGUUUCAUUGAUCCUUUCUUAAAGCAAUUGGACCAGGAUGUGAAAUAAAUUUGAGGUGGACACAAAUGAGCUACAGUAUACUGCCCAGUAAACAUUAUGUUAUGGUAAUGUUUGGUAUAUUCGGGCUUUAUUACAUAUUUUUAUGCAUCAAUUGCUGUAGUAAGAUGAUCUCUGCUUUCAUGUAGUGAAACUGUACAUCAGGGAAGAACAGUCAUCAGGGUGUUACCAUAUUAAUUGCAUUUGGGUGAUGAUUAAACAUUUGCAGAUGUAAGAUUUUUUUUAUACCUUUUUACCACUGACUGUGCUGGCCACAGUUCAGAUCUCCAUCUGAAGUUGGAGAACUAUAACUCUACACUGUAGCUGUUACAAGAUUAGGGGAAUCACCUAAAUAUAACCUAGGAGACUUUUGGUUAACAAUUUAUAUCACUGUGAUUUAUAAUAAGUGACCAUCUACCUGAAAUGUUUUAAAUACAAUUUUUACUCUUUUUUAAUCUUAUACUUAUAUAUUGCUAUAUUAUAUUGUUAUAUGUUUAUAUUGACAUAUUUAAAUUGUUAUAUGUUUAGUUCCUGGCCAGCCAGGUUUUAAAGUGGAUAAAAGUGAAUACCUUCAGAAGGAUUUUAAUUCAUCGAUCGAACGAAUAUCCUUCGAUCCAAAAAACAAUACACCUUUAAUCUUCUAAUUAUUUGUUAUCCUCAAAAGGACCAUGGGGAUUUGAGGUGUGAUCCAGACCAGUUAAAGUCUGAAUUUCCCUGAAUGCCACAUUACCUUUAUUAAUUAUUGUACCCAAAUAUUUACUCUCCAUAUGAUGUGCCAUAUGAAUAUUAAUGAGAAUUAAUAAAGCUAUGUUUAAACUUU